AAAAACCACUCAAAUUCUGCAGCUCUUUCCCAGCAAAUUAGCCACUCCAUUUCCUCUCCAUCGCCGCCGCGUUCUCCGACCGUCCGCCCUAUUUCCCGCCGAUGGAGAACAUUCUGGAUGAGUAUCGCUAUUACUGGGAAACCAAUAUGUUUCUCCAGACGGAAGAAUUCGACAGAAAUUUCAGUUGGGGAUUAGAUGAAGCAUUUUAUGGUUCUUAUGAUUCGAGCUCACCGGACGGAACGAUGUCAUCAUUGGAGGCGUCGAAGAAUAUCUUAUCGGAGAGGAAUCGGAGGAAGAAGCUUAAUGAUAGGCUUCUUGCUCUCAGAGCCGUCGUCCCUAAUAUCACCAAAAUGGACAAGGCAUCGAUAAUAAAGGAUGCAAUUGAGUACAUUCAAGAGCUUCGAUCAGAAGAGAAUCGAAUCGAAACCGAGAUUUCAAAUCUAGAAUCAGGCAAAUUCAAGAGCACAACAUCAAAUGAGGACGAUGAUCGUGAAAACAACAAUCGAAAUACAAGGAAGAGGGGAACAAAGAAUUCUAAUCGACAACUACGGGAGAAGCCAACGUCUUUCCCGAUCGAAAUUCUCGACUUGAACGUGAGUUACAUGGGAGAGAAGACGAUGGUGGUGAGUAUGACGUGUGAAAGAAGAAACGACGCCGUAUUGAAAAUUUGUCAAGUGAUUGAAUCUUUGAAGCUGAAGAUAAUUACGGCCAAUAUUACCGUCGUUGCCAAUAGGCUUCUCAGUACGCUCUUCCUUGAGGCAGAGAGAGCAGAAGAAGAGGAACUAAAGAUAAAAUUAGGGAAAGCAAUUGCAGCCAUUAGUGAUCAACAAAAUCCUAUAAGCAUUUGAUAAACCCCAUAGGACAUGUUCUUUUUGUGGCUCACAACUUUGUCAACUAAUUAAUUUCUAGUACUAGAUCUUCUUUUC